CCACUGCCUCGCAAUAUCCGGUAGAGUUGUUUUGGAUUCUGCUGUGAUCCGUCGUGUGAUAUGGUGCGCUAGUCUUUGUAAUAUUGUAUAAAAUUAUUGAUACUGAACCCUCGCCGACUGUUGCCACCGACGAGGAUGAGCCGGUACAUCGAGGAUCAUUCCACGCACAAAAUGUAUAAGGACAGGAGAAGCUUUCUGCAGCGUAAGCAGGAUGUGGAUGCAAUCCGGCUCGAGCACCCCACAAAGAUUCCCGUGAUCAUCGAGCGCUAUCCCGGGGAGAAGCAGUUGCCGGUCUUGGACAAAAUCAAGUACCUCAUCCCCGACCAUAUCAGCAUGGCAGAGCUGGUGAAGAUCAUCAGGAGGCGUCUGGAACUACACCCGAACCAGGCGCUGUUCCUCCUGGUGAACGAGCGCAAUAUGGCGCCCGUCUCGGCAUCCCUCGGCGACCUGUACGCCCAGGAGAAAGACGAGGACGGGUACCUCUACCUGGUGUAUGCGUCUCAGGAGGUGUUCGGCCAGCAACACUGACACGCCGCACCGUCUGCUGCGGCCGACCCGUGCCUUGUCAAAGCGAAGAGGAGAAAGCAGACGACGAGGCCAACAGGAUUUUGGACUUUACGGAGCGCAAGCACUUGGGGGGGGGGUCUUUGCAUCGUUUCGACCAACAGACAUUGCUGCGAUGGUGUUGCAAGAUGUCUUGCUCGUAUUAAAUUCACUCCUUGCCAACGCAGUACAAUAAAGUUUACGUUUGAGUGGAAACCUAUAGUAUACAUUGACAGGGACACACUUGGGUGCUAGGAAAGCUGCAACUCUACCAGUGAUUUACUCUUAGAGUAUGAUAAUGCAUUAAUCCUAUGGCGAAGAGUAUCCAAGACCUCUGGAGCAUCUAAGGCUAUAAGCCUUGAGGAUGGCAGCAUUGUCGGAAGUUCGCCCGGUUCGGACACUGUGCCAGAAGCAACUCAGAUUGGUGUCAGGGUCCCCUUUUUGUCUGGUUCUCUGACUCCGGCACCAAUGAUGCUGUGGCAUGAGAACCAUGACACGAACCCGCCCUCGAGGAUUCAAACCUCAGUUGGUGUUUUAGCUUACAGAAGAUGACUGCAAAAAUAAAUUGUGCCUAAUGUGAUCAGCAGCUAAAACUAACGAAAAAUAAGGCUUGAUUAGCAGUGUGGAGAAUAAGUAUGAAGCUGAUUUAAAUCGAACCAGUUUCACUAUUCUAAUUUAAAUCUAACCUUUCCCACGAAACUAAUCCCCAAAAUAUAUUUUUAUUACCUGUGCAUUUGUUUUGUAUUUAAAUUCAAGAAUAAUGUAGCAAGAAUUAUGCAAUUCGGAAUACAAGAAAAAAAAAAGCUCUCAGGAAAUUUAAGCGUUGAGCUCGAUUUCUGCCUUCCACUUAGUUCGUCAGCUGCGUAACAUCCUGUUGCCACAAAAUUGGAACGAAAAAAAAAAAGAAGUAGAAAAAUUUAGUUUUAACUAACUAAAGAAAUUAAUCAGUUUCUGUUCUGGCGGGGGUUACUGCAGUUAGGAGUUGUGUACUUUACAUUUAUUAGAACUCUUCCGCAUUGUUAUCACUGAUCGGACGAAUUGAUCAAUCAAUCUACCAUCUUGAAAAAUACAUCUUUUGGUAAACAAUAACUAUUUUCUGGCCACAGUGAUUGAAAUCAAAGUUAUCCGAUUUAAAUCAAAUCUAAUUCCAUUUUUUUCCACCCUGUUGGGCAGUGUGGUAUUGCGGGUUUGUGGGCAGGGCUGACAGCUUGGUCUAGCUUUUCACUUGUAAUUUGGGAGUCUUCUUUCCCUAAGUAUGGUGUUCAGCAGACAACAGUAGAAGCAUAGCCUACUAUUUACGCCGUGCUACACGCAGAAGAUCCUAUGCUAGAUAUUUCCUCCAAAGCACCCUGUGUCAAGCUUUUGAAAUGCAAAAAUUGGGGUCUCUGUUUCUCUAGCCGCUUGUCAUCCUUUAAAAAAUGACACUGCUGCUGGCACUGCAGCACCUUAUGUAUCUCUGGAUGUCCAUUAAAAUAUGUCACUAUGUGUGCUGUCCGGGGUAUGUUAUAAAAAAAGAGCACCGCCGUUAAUUUUUCAUUCAGGCUGAAUCGCAGAUAGGUGCACAGUAUAUGGGGGAACAUGUUACACACUUUGGAAUGCUCAAGAUAAGGAAGCAGUGUCCUUCGUUGCUGUGCGACCCUUGACUGCUUUAACAAGCUUGUAUGUAAAAUGUGCCCUAAACAAGUCACGGGUAAUUGAGGUACACUAGAGAUGUCUUCUUACAGCUAGCAAUCCAUGUUUGCUUUCUGCAAUGCCAAAGUGCAAGGCCAAGGUGUGAUGACAUUGCUUCUGCAAUAAACAAAGCGGUUUUUAAUCUU